CUGUUACAGGAGAGGAGGCGUGAAGCGACUGAGAGAAUGCCAAAGGAGAAAGAGGAGUCAACGUUUGACGAAAGCGCCAACCAUAUUAGUUCGCCUCUCAUUCCGCCAUAAAUACCUCCCUCUCUCUCUCUCUCGUUCUCCGUCUCUCCCAAGCUGAUUCUCGCGCCGUUUCUAUCGUUUUCCCAGAAUCAUCGUUCUCGCCGGAGUCCGAGCUCGUGCUUUCAGCUUGCUUGGUUGUUGUGUGUGUUAGCUUUUGGAGGUGAAUCUCGUGGAAGAUGGAAUCUGGUCAGUGGCAUAUCCAGAAAAGAUCCAGUUUCAGGAAUGAUUCGUUCGUACGAGAAUACGAUGAUGUCCCAGAAACUGGUUGCCUCUCAAUCAUUGUGCUUGGUGCCUCGGGUGAUCUUGCCAAGAAGAAGACUUUCCCCGCGCUUUUCCACUUAUAUCUCCAGGGGUUUCUCAGACAGGAUGAAGUUUACAUCUUUGGUUAUGCUAGAACUAAGAUUUCUGAUCAAGACUUGAGAUCUCGGAUUCGUGAAUACCUUGUUGAUGAAAAGAAUGCAUCAGACCAAGCAGAAGCUUUGUCAGAGUUUCUUCAGCUGAUAAAGUACGUGAACGGGUCUUAUGAUUCCGAGGAGGGAUUCCGGAGAUUAGACAAGGCAAUUUCGGAGCACGAAAUCUCGAGAAAUAGUUCCGAAGGGUCUUCCAGGAGGUUGUUUUACCUUGCGCUUCCUCCCUCGGUUUACCCUUCUGUCUGCAAGAUGAUCAAGACAUGUUGCAUGAACAAAUCCGACCUCGGUGGAUGGACUCGAAUCGUUGUUGAGAAGCCAUUCGGCAAGGACUUGGAAUCUGCAGAGCAGCUGAGUUCUCAGAUCGGAGAGCUGUUUACCGAAUCUCAAAUAUACCGUAUCGAUCACUAUCUAGGAAAGGAAUUGGUCCAGAAUAUGUUAGUCCUCCGGUUUGCCAAUCGCUUGUUUUUACCACUGUGGAACCGAGACAACAUCGAUAACGUGCAGAUUGUAUUCAGGGAAGAUUUCGGAACCAAAGGGCGGGGUGGAUAUUUCGAUGAAUACGGAAUCAUCCGUGAUAUUAUUCAAAACCAUCUGCUCCAGGUUCUUUGCCUUGUCGCCAUGGAGAAACCGAUAUCUCUUAAGCCCGAGCACAUCCGGGAUGAGAAAGUGAAGGUGCUUCAAUCGGUGCUCCCUAUAAAAGACGAAGAGGUGGUUCUUGGACAGUAUGAAGGGUAUAAGGAUGACCCGACCGUCCCCGAUGACUCCAACACUCCGACUUUUGCUACGAUGGUCCUUCGCAUUCAUAACGAAAGAUGGGAAGGUGUUCCGUUUAUAGUAAAGGCCGGAAAGGCAUUGAACUCGAGAAAGGCCGAGAUACGCGUUCAGUUCAAGGAUGUCCCCGGCGACAUAUUCAAAUGUCAAAAGCAAGGAAGGAACGAAUUCGUAAUACGCUUGCAGCCUUCCGAAGCCAUGUACAUGAAACUGACUGUUAAGCAACCGGGUCUCGAGAUGUCAACUGUACAGAGCGAACUAGACCUUUCAUACCGACAACGUUACCAGGGAAUGUCGAUCCCCGAGGCAUAUGAGCGUCUAAUUCUCGACACAAUCCGAGGGGACCAACAGCAUUUCGUUCGCCGAGAUGAACUAAAGGUCGCAUGGGAGAUAUUUACUCCGCUGCUUCACAGAAUCGACGACGGGGAGUUGAAGCCGAUUCCGUACAAACCAGGUAGCCGAGGUCCCGUAGAAGCCGACGAGCUGCUUGCAAAAGCUGGUUACAUUCAGACCCAUGGCUACAUCUGGAUCCCUCCUACACUCUAAAAUCCAUAUUCACACACACAUAUCUAUAUAUAGAUAUAUAUUUGUAUAGCCGUAUAUGGGCACAGGGGACAAGUGAGAAAGCUUUGGUCCAGCUGAAUAAAUACUGCCGUUGAGGUUGGUGUUUGUAUGUGAAUCCAGAGGACUUGGUUCGUAAUUUUGAGGCGUAUGAUAUCGAAAUCUCAUAUAUAUAUUAUUUCUA